AUGAAGACACUUUUAGGAAUUUCAGUUCUUUUCUGCUUCAUACAAUUAACGUAUGCUCAGACGAACUGCACGGGGAGUCCUGACAGACUCAUCACGUAUGGUUGUAGGGCGUUCACUGCGUGCAAGAACGAGACGUACGUCAAUGUAGAAUGCCCACCGGGACAAGUAGUGGACACUGAACGCAUCUUGUGUGACGAUCCAGAAAAUGUACCGCCACCCUGUGGAGGUAAUAGAAACUGUACGGAACGUGAGGACGGUGGAUAUCCAGAUUAUUUUACCAACUGCACAUCGUUUUAUAUCUGUUUAAAUGGAGUUAAUCGUGGUACAGGAUUCUGUCCUGGAGAUCUGGUUUACGAUGAUGACCGUGAUUUAUGUGACAGACCGGACAACGUUUGCGAACCUUGUGGGAAUAAACCAGCAGGAAGCUGUGCACCAACUGUACCAUUUACCGGGAGUACUGUGACGACAGAGGAAGUGAGUACGAUACCACCUAUCUAUAGAAAUUGUACCGGAAAACCUGACGGCUACUACCCCGACCUAGAGAACAGCUGCGCAGCAUACUUUACAUGCGCUGGACAGGUUAUAAGUGGAUUCUACGAAUGCCCUGGAGGUUUGGUAUUUGAUCCUGAAGAUGAGAUAUGUGAUUGGAACUAUGAUACGUGUCCUCCCUGUGGUUCGGGAGCGGCCAAAGAACCCGGCUAUUGUAAGAACUGUACUGCUAUUCCCGAUGGAUUGUACCCCGACCUCGAUGAUUCUUGCUCCGGGGCUUACAGAUGUCAGUUUGAUACAAUGAAGUACCGUGGUUUUUGCCCAUCAGGUUCAGUUUAUGAUCCUGAACGUUUUUCCUGUAACAAUAACACAGAAGACGUCUGCCCACCAUGUUAUACCGGUGCUGGGACCCCACCUGAACGUUGCCCAACUGAAGCCCCAACUGAGGUCCCAAUAGAUAGCAACAGUACAAAUCCAGACAGAAACUGUACGGGAAGACCUGAUGGUUACUAUCCAGAUCUUACAUUGGGAUGUAGAUGGUUCUUCACCUGCGAAAAUGAGCUUACAACUGGCCAGUAUGAGUGUGCUUCAGAUUUAGUUUUUGACCCAGAGGACCAGACGUGUGAUAGGGUAGAAUCAACAUGUGGUCCCUGUGGGACAGGAUCGGCUCAAGCACCCGGAUAUUGCAAGAACUGCACGGGUGUUCCAAAUGGAUUGUACGCAGACCUUGAAGACUCCUGUUCUGGUUCAUACACAUGCCAAUUUGAGCUGAUGAGAUCCCGAACAGUCUGCCCCUCAGGUUCGGUAUAUGAUCCAGAAAGGCAAGCGUGUACAGAAGACACGGAGGAUGUUUGUCCACCAUGCUACAAUGGUUCGGGGUCUCCUCCUGCACGAUGCCCCACAGAGGCACCUAGUGGAGUAGAUAACCUCAAGCACAGGGAAAUUGACUUUGUUUAG